AUGCUUUACAAGACUUUUGUGCCACUUCUUUUACUAUCAGCUUACACUAAGGCCGAGGAAACCACCACUUCACAGGUCACCGUCACCGUGACGGAGACCUUGCUGUCGCCAUCCGAGAGCUCUGCUCUGUCGUUGUCGUCCGCCUCUGCUUCUUCUGCGUCCGCAGCAUCAGUUGCCAGUGAAUCAUCUGCUUCUGCUGCUUCAGCUGCGUCUGCUGCGUCUGCUGCUAGUGCGUCUUCUGUCUCUGCUGCUUCCGCUUCUGCUGCCUCCGUCGCCGCAGCCUCUGCUGCUUCCGUUUCUGAGGCCUCUGAAGCCUCUGCUUCUGCCGCGUCUGCAGCCUCCCUUGCUGCUGAGUCUUCUGCUUCGUUGGAGAAGGCCAAGGGUCUGCUGGCCAUCGCCUCGGCUGCUACUGUGAGCUCUUCCCAGGAAGUUUCUCAAAGCUCUGCUCAAUCCAGCAGACAGUCGACAGUGCCAUCGUCAACUCUGAGAACGUCAUAUGUGACAUCCGCAGCUCCAUCCUCCUCCAGAGCUCCAUUCAGCUCCUCUGUGGCUCCUUCGUCUGCUCACAGCAGGUCCGCCGUCAAGUCGUCGGGCAUCAGCACUUCCCUCUCGAGCUCUAGCUCAAAGACAACCAAGUCCAGCUCCAAAGUCAGCUCAAGCUCUACUUCAGUCUCCACCCACGAUGACGAAGGAACUUCCACUGCUGCUUCUUCCUCGUCUUCCAGCGCUCAAGCUAACGGAAUGGCUCCAAUAAGUGGUCUGACCUUCGGCGUGGCGGGAAUUGUGCUGGCUGUCCUGAUUUAG